UCUGCGGCUGUAAAGUUUUGUCCUGCGUCUCUCUGUGGGGCUGAUGGGAGCAGAGAGAGGAGGGAAUGCUCCGUCUGCGCGUUCCUUGUGUUUUCUUCCAAAACUCCUGAUCCUGGCUGGUUUGCGCGCUGUGGUUUCAGCUGCUGGACUCGGCAGCGGGAUUGUUGGGCUGGUCACUGUUGGAUCUACAGGAUGCAGCAUCACUUCAGCCCACAGCACGAGCAAGAGACGCGGAUCUGUGUGACACAUUCUUCUUGACAUUUCGAGUUAAUCCGCGGAACACCCUGUUCAAGCCACUUUCCUAACCCUCUGUAGCGCAAUGAUUUUAACAACUUUCGCCAUCAUAUUGUUCUUUCCGGACUCGGUGGUCACCUUGAAGGGUGACGGCGGCGCAUCUCGGCCCGUGCGCAUGGACUGCGUGAGGGCCAGCGAACAGUGUCUGAAGGAGUACUCCUGCAGCACCAAGUACCGGACGAUGAGGCAGUGCGUGGCGGGCAGGGAGAGCAACUUCAGCGCGGUCACCGGUCCGGAGGCGCAGGGCGAGUGCCGCAGCGCCAUAGACGCCAUGAAGCAGAGCCCCCUGUACAACUGCAGGUGUAGAAGAGGCAUGAAGAAGGAGAAGAACUGCCUCCGGAUCUUCUGGAGCAUAUUUCAGAGCUUACAGGGUAAUGAUUUGUUGGAAUAUUCUCCGUAUGAACCCGUCAACAGCCGCCUCUCAGACAUCUUCCGCCUGGCCCCCAUCAUUGCUGCCGAGUCCGCAUCCACAAAGGAGAACAACUGCCUGAAUGCUGCCAAAGCCUGUAACCUGAAUGACACAUGUAAGAAAUACCGCUCCACAUACAUCAACCCCUGCACUAACAGGGUGUCUGCUUCCGAGGCGUGCAACAAGCGCAAAUGCCACAAAGCUCUACGACAGUUCUUUGACAAGGUUCCAGCUAAAUACAGCUACGGGAUGUUGUUCUGCUCCUGUCCAGCGGGGGACCAGAUAGCCUGCGCAGAACGCAGACGACAAACCAUCGUACCCGUCUGCUCCUACGAGGACAAAGACAAACCAAACUGUCUGUCUCUUCAGAACUCCUGCAAGACCAAUUACAUCUGCAGGUCAAGGCUGGCAGACUUCAUCAGCAACUGUCAGCCAGAAGCUCGCUCCAUCUCCGGCUGUCUGAGGGAAAACUACGCUGAUUGUCUGCUGUCGUAUUCAGGACUCAUUGGAACGGUGAUGACGCCCAAUUACGUGCGAUCUCUUGGUAUCAGCCUCUCGCCGUGGUGCGACUGCAGCAGCAGCGGGAACAGCAAACCGGACUGUGACAAAUUUGCGGAGUUUUUCACCAAGAACAGAUGCCUGCGUAACGCCAUCCAGGCUUUUGGCAACGGUACUGAUGUCGGAGUUUGGCAACCCCAACCCCCCAUCCAGCCCACCGCAUUAGAUCCGAGCAUCACCCGGAGAGCUAAGGAGCGAACCGGCGGCGCUCUGGACGUACGGACAGACAUGACCAAACCGCAUCUCGACGGAGACUCGUUAUAUCACCUCUGCGGAACAUUACAGGCCCAGAAGCUGGUGUCAAAUCAAACAGUGGAUACUGAGCAGUGUGUGAACCAUCACUUGGACGAGUCCAGCGGCUCCAACGCUGUCGCCAGAAGUUCCCCGGCUGAGCUCAGCUGCCUUCACACCUCCAGUUUGCUCCUCGCUCUGGCCUUUGGUUUUGCUCCUAUAGUGCUACUGCAGGAAGGCUUCUACCUUUUGUAGGAUGCGAGGCUCCACCCACGCUCUCGUCUCAAGACGUGACCCCACUCAUGAAAUUUCAUUUGCCGGAGAGCGAAACACACAUGUUUUAGUUUGUUUUUGUCAUGAAGUGGAAAAGAGCAGCACGGUAAGAGCCCUGGAAUCCAGAGUGGAUUAUAUCUGAGGAAUUCAUCUGUUGAAACUGAACCUGCUGAAGCUGCUGCUGCUGCUGAGAUAUCGGCUCAUUUGACUUCACUGCCUCGUGGGAGCAAUUUGGCGACUUAAAAAAAAAAUCUGAUUGCAUUUUUAUCCACUUUUCCGAAAUGUGAGUUUGACUGCCAAUGUGCUGAACGGCGUUAUGAGAAUGAAGCGGACAUUUCUCCAGAGUGUCUGCUUUAAAGUUUAAAGUGUUGAUCUGUAAGUGUUAAUGUGUCACUAUGGACAACUGACCCACUUCAUUGACACUGUCUGGAGCGAGGUAAACAUUUGAACUCAUCACACUCUGAAGGUUUCUCCUCCACGUGUUGAGCAUAGAGCCGUUUCGUAGAUUGAUUUGAUUGUUAUGAUGGUUUGUGGUUUUAUCACAUCGCCUCUGAAAACCACAUUUUGUAAAUACAAUACGUGAAACGUGAACUCUACCACAGUUUGCUGCUGUUAGGUUGUUACAUAUCGUCUGUAAUGUUAGUUUUCAGUGACUGAGGCGUCUAGAGCAUCAUCUGUUGUUGCCACGAUUUAUAAAAUGUGACAGGAUAUGGUUCUUGACUCAUGUGGCUACAGACUUUAUUGUGUAAUUCUAUUUUGAUGGCAAAGUGCAUAAUGUUAUCUUAAAGAGUAUUUCUCCCGAGCGAUACCAAACUGUCUGUAACAGCAGCGAGAACAUUUAGAAUUGAUGGCUAGAAAGUCAAAUGUGUUUUGAAUCAUUUGACUUCUUCUAUUAUAUUUUAUUUUAGAUUUUCCACCUAAUUAUAUCCUGUUAAAGAGCAAGAGGACGGAGCUCUGACAAAUCAGGAAUGUGUCGAGCGAUGCCAAAAGACAGUUCACGUUAAAUUGCCAGCAAUUACUGAGGAUGCAAAUGGAAGAAAAGAUGAAAACACUUACAUGGUUAUUAUAAACUUAAUGACACUGUAAUUAUCAAAGACAUUCAACGAAUGUAACUAUAAUGAACACGGACGACUUGUUUGGUAACAUCCUCACAUUUGAAGAAAUGUGUAGAAUGUGUGUGUUUAAAUCGGUGUCGCCUGCGAUGAUGAUUUGUUUUUCAAAAGGGUGAAAAAAUGAUAAUGUUUGUCUGAUUUGAACUCAGAUCACAGGCAAUGGAAUCAUAUCUUAUGGGAGGAAAUCUUUAUGUACAGGUAAAGUAAAAUUUGGUUUAUCUGUUCAGUGUUUUGC